UGAGGUGUUAAAAUAGUUCGACAAUACAUAUGUAAUGCUGCGUAAGAAUGAGUAUCAAAUGUGGGCAGCACACAAGAUUUUGGAGCAUUAUUUUGGCCUUGCCUGGUAUAAUGACUUUUUAAUCCUGUUUUCGUGUAAUUUGUCGUUAAUUGUUUUUUCAAUGCCCAAAGUUUGACGCUCUUUCAAGAUUUCUUUGUGUGCGCUGAGCAGCUGAUUUUUCAUAUCAAACAAAGACUGCUCCUUGCCGAGGCAUGAAGUGAAGGAAAGGUUUUGCAGGAAAGAAAGAGUUUUGUAGACUCUGUUUAGGUGCUUGAGAAUUGUGUUUUUAAAGGGAAGGGUUUUAUAGGGACGCUGAGCUUCAGAUGGGCAGUUCGAAAUUGGAGGGGACAUCAACACCUGCUCUUAGGAGAGACCCCUACGAGGUGUUGUGUGUUUCAAGGGAUUCUUCUGAUCAGGAAAUUAAGGCUGCUUAUAGGAAACUUGCCCUCAAGUAUCAUCCCGACAAGAAUGCUAGUAACCCUGAAGCUUCAGAGCAUUUCAAGGAGGUCGCAUAUUCAUAUAACAUUUUAUCGGAUCCUGAGAAAAGGAGGCAAUAUGAUAUGUCUGGAUUUGAGGCUCUGGAUGCCGAUGGAAUGGAUAUGGAAGUUGACCUAUCCAACCUUGGUACUGUGAAUACAAUGUUUGCAGCACUGUUCAGCAAAUUAGGUGUUCCUAUCAAGACUACUAUUUCGGCAAAUGUUCUUGAAGAAGCUCUUAAUGGUACUGUCACAAUUAGGCCUUUGCCAAUUGGUACAUCAUGCAGUGCGAAGGUAGAAAAGCAACAAGCACAUUUUUUUGGUGUAACAAUUAGUGAAGAACAAGCUGCAGCAGGGAUUGUUGUUAGAGCAAGUUCAGCUGCUCAAAGCAAAUUUAAGCUGCUUUAUUUUGAACAAGAUACAACCGGGGGUUAUGGCUUAGCAUUGCAGGAAGACAGUGAAAAAACUGGCAAGACAACAUCGGCUGGAAUGUAUUUUUUGCAUUUUCAGGUUUAUAGGAUGGAUUCAACAGUAAAUGCGCUAGCAAUGGCCAAGGAUCCAGAUGCUGCUUUUUUUAAGAGAUUGGAAGGUCUUCAACCUUGUGAGGUCUCAGAAUUAAAAGCUGGCACUCACAUAUUCGCUGUUUAUGGAGAUAACUUCUUCAAACCUGCUACAUAUACAAUUGAGGCUCUUUGUGCUAAAACAUAUGAGGAUACAACCAGCAAGCUGAAGGAUAUUGAAUCUCAGAUUUUGGGGAAGAGAAAUGAGCUUCGACAAUUUGAGACUGAAUACAGAAAGGCAUUGGCACGAUUCCAGGAAGUGACCAACAGAUAUGCACAGGAGAAGCAGGCAGUGGAUGAAUUGAUGAAACAGCGAGACACCAUCCAUUCAUCAUUCACUGUUGCAAGGUCGGUCAUUAGCAGUGGAAGUAGUGGGCAUUUUAAUAAUGGAAGCACCAGCAGCAACAAAGUUCUUGGUGAUGAUUCUAGAGCUGAGUACCCAGGGGAUGAUGGAACCCCUGAAUCCAAGGACAAAUCUUCCAAGAAAAAGUGGUUUAAUCUUAAUCUAAAAGGAUCAGAUAAGAAGGCUACUUGACGAGUGGGACACUUGUAGUCUCAUCUGGGUUUAACAGUUUUGGAUCAUCUUGCACAGAUCAAAGCUUGUAUCAUUGCAAUCAUGUAUUUUUUUGUUCAUUUUUCCCUAUAUAUACACAUACUAAUAUAUGUAUCCUAAAGGACUGAAUUAUUACAGUAUAUUGAUGGUUUUCAUGUAAUGUGUUCUUGCAUUUUAUCAUAAUCAUCAUGCCAUUUCAACUUCCAAGUUGGU